CGAACUGCAGCUCUUACACUCUCACUGAUACCCGAAAUAACACAAAACUGGCUGGUUGGUAGGUGGCAGGUGCAACGCCGACUUGCUGAACAUUGAUUUGAAACUACAUUUCCCAAGGAGCGUUGCGGCGUGCUCAAGAAUCCGUGGGAAACCCGAAUGCGCCUGCGCAUCCAGACGUGGCAACGGCAUCAUGGCCUCUUGGAGAAGCUACGGGAGACGGAUGAGAGGGGCGAAAAUGUUCACGCUGGUGUUCCUGGUGUGGCUGCUGCCCGUUCUGGAGGCGGUGAAGGUUUCUCCUCUCAUAGAGAAGGUCAGCGACCACAAAGACUUCAAGAAACUGCUCAGGACGAGAACCAAUGUCCUUGUGCUCUACACCAAGACAGCUACAUCAGGGGACUCCCACCUGAAACUGCUAUCAGAUGUGGCCCAGACAGUGAAGGGCCAAGGGACUAUUGCCUGGGUCAACUGUGGAGAUUCAGAGGGCCGUAAACUCUGUAAGAAAGUGAAGGUGGACCCGAGCUCCAAACGUGGGGGAGCAGAGCUGUUGCAUUACAAAGAUGGGACGUUCCACACAGAGUACAACAGGCCUGCUACCUCUAAGUCCAUGGUAGCAUUCUUAAAAGACCCGUCAGGACCCCCGCUGUGGGAGGAGAACCCUGAAGCAAAAGAUGUUGUCCACAUAGAGACAGAAAAAGACUUCAGGAAGCUGCUGAAGAAAGAUGAGAGGCCUGUCCUCAUGAUGUUCUAUGCUCCCUGGUGCGGAGUUUGUAAGAGAAUGCAGCCCAUCUUCCAGCAAGCGGCCACAGAGACCAAGGGGAAAUAUGUACUUGCGGGGAUGAAUGUGCACCCGGCUGAGUUUGACGGCCUCAAGCAGGAGUACAACGUCAAAGGCUACCCGACCUUCUGCUACUUUGAGAAGGGGAAGUUCCUCCACCACUACGAAAACUACGGAGCCACAGCCAAGGAUAUCGCAGACUGGAUGAAGAACCCUCAGCCGCCACAGCCAAAGACCCCCGAGGUGCCGUGGUCGGAGACAGACUCCCCGGUCUUCCACCUGAGUGAUGAGUCCUUUGACAGCUUCCUGGAGGAGCAUCCUGCAGCCCUGGUCAUGUUCUACGCCCCCUGGUGUGGACACUGCAAGAAGAUGAAGCCAGAGUAUGAUGAAGCUGCAGAAAUACUCAACAAGGGCGCAGAUAGUCCAGGCGUGUUGGCAGCAGUGGAUGCCACGGUGCACAAGGCUGUGGGGGAUCGCUUUAAGAUCUCUGGUUUCCCAACUUUAAAAUAUUUCGAGAAAGGUGAAGACAAGUACACGCUGCCUCAGCUCCGAAACAAAGACAAGAUCAUCGAGUUCAUGCACAAUCCCCAGGCGCCUCCUCCACCAGAGCAGUCUUGGGAGGACAAGCCUUCCAGCGUCAGCCAUCUUGGAUCAGAGGAUUUUCGAGAGGCGCUGAAGAAGAAGAAGCACGCUCUGGUCAUGUUCUACGCUCCCUGGUGUCCGCACUGUAAAAACUCUGUUCCACACUUCACCACAGCAGCAGAGCUCUUCAAAGAGGACCGCAAGAUUGUGUACGCCGCUGUGGACUGUACAAAAGGACAGAACCACGAGCUCUGUAAGCAGGAAGGGGUGGAGGGCUACCCCACGUUUAACUAUUACAACUACGGCAAGUUUGUGGAAAAAUACAACGGAGAUCGCGGGGAGGCGGGCUUCAUCGGCUUCAUGCGCAGCCUGAGAGGACGCGAUCAGGAGAAGGUGGUCAAGAGGAAGGAGGAGCUCUGAGGCCGGCGUGCAGGGAGGGGGGCGUUGCACUGCACAGUUUGUCAUUGCACUGUGACCCUUGACCCUGGCAAGGGCCCUAUCAGCACUGACAUGGGAGACUUGAUGACCUCAGCGAAAGGCUAUUUUUUAUACCAUGGUGAUCACGUUUGUAAUAAUACCAACAGUACCUACAGUUAGACCGACCACCUGAGACUUCUUUUUCAUGGAUAUACUGAUGAUGGGCAGAAAACACAAACAGAUGUUUUUCUUUUCUUUUGUUCUUUGUUUUUUUGCCCAAACACUGUGACUGCAUAUGUGAAAAGCUACACCCUAUACUGUAUCUAUGCAAUACUGACCCCCGCUUAGUCCUGUGGGGGUCUGUGUGACUGACCCGAGGUGGGUGGUGGGCAUCAUUCAUUAAUGGUGGAGGCUGCACUGUCAAUCACUUCACAGGGGUCCAAAUCCAGUCCUAUCAACCCUGCUCUGUCUUUAGAAGAGACCCGUCGUGAUUGCACCUGUUGGUUCCAAUAUUUUUGUACAGAACCUUCAAGUCUCAAGUCCAGAACCGUCCAGAAUGUUUAGUUCUCCUGACAGAUCUGCUACUGUAGGUAAUGAGGUACUGUAGCAAUGUGAAGUAGGUAAAACCGUGGCCAAAGGGUGGAUUUUCUGUAUGGUUCUGGGCUCUCAUGAUUAGUUUUGCUUUUAGAAAGAAUAAAAAACUAGUUUGUUUCAAACUGUGGCCUUAAUGAUGUAAAAAUAAGAGCUGGAAUUGUAAAAGUAUAAAAUAAUAAGUGGAAGAGAAUCAGAGGCCUGGUGCCCUUGCAAUUCCCUCAAGUCGUGGACCAGAGCAAGUCAAAGGAGAACAAAAACAACGUAAUGCCAAAUAUUCUCGUGCAUUGCCCUUGAUAUUUUCAAGCUUCGUACAUUUCCAAAUAUAAAUAUCGUUUCACGUCUCGCACCUCCUCUGUUCCCGAAGAGGAUCUCAUCAAUGUUUUAACGAGGGUAGGGCUCAUUUACAUACGUGUUGGUGAUGCUCAAGUAUGACGACUAAAUCUUGCAUGUUGAUGAUAAAAAAAAUAUUCAUUCUCCCUCUGCGUGCCAAAGUAAUCAUGGAUUCCAACCAGUAUCCCACAAUCCCACAAGAUAUGAUUCAGACCUCCGGUUUACACUUCGGGCAUUCAGGGUUUUUGUUUGAGCGUACCCCGUCUGUUUUAAACCUACGAGCCUCUGCCGCUCUCUGCUGAACUGAUCGACACCGAGGAGCCAAAAACCACAGCACUCCGGACAGUUCGCUCUCGAUCUGCGUCCGUCUGCCCCGGAAUCGCUCGGCUUCCGUUAGCACUCUCCUGUGCCCUGCAUCAAAUUCCCAGGGAUGACUUCACAGUCUGUCCGAGGAGUAAUUAAGUAUUAGGUGAAGGCUCCAACCCCCUUCCUCCCUCCUACACCAUCAAUUCAGAGCCAUCGUCAUUACUUCUGUGGCAGUUUUUUUUUUUUUAACGCUGUGUGUUUUCAGCUCCCACGCUUCAGCCACUAUAAAUAUUUAAAAGGCUUAUCUGUAGCUGAACUUGUGUUUUAUUAUUCAAGACUUUGGUUUCUUUCAUUAUGAAUAAGGUUCUCAGGGAUAGCGAAACACAAUUAAAGGGAACUAGUUUGUUUGUAAUUUUGCAUUCCAGCUGAAUCAUUUUGAGCCCUUAGGUCACCAAAUCAAAUAUUGUUUACAUUUGUAUCCCGAUGAAAAAAAAACGAUGAUUGAAUUGUCCGUUUCCUGUGCUGUCAUGACAACAUGUAUUAAAUAAGAUGUACUGUCAGUAGAUGUUACUGAAGCAUUUCUCGUCAGACAUGGUUGUGAUUCUUCAUUCCAGGUGAAACUGUCUCAAAUGUUCUGGCUGGCACCAAACACUUCCUUUGUGUUUAAUGUGAUUAUGAACAUUUCAUGGUAUGUACAGAGUGCUUCACACAGUUCUGUGUCGACGCAUCACUUGCUGUAAUUAGGUGUCGAGUCUCCUCGAAGGGAAGCAGUGACCUUUCUUUCCCGUGUCCAUUUGUUGUUGUUUCUUUUUGAGGGGGUUUUUAAAUCAUCAUCACAUGUUUGCUGAAUAACAGCAAAGACCACAUCUGUCUUAUCCCAAAGGUAUCCAUGUUGUGUGGGAAGUUCAGUCACACUUUAAGCCAAGAAGUCACUGUUGCCUUUGUUGAUUUUUCUGUGCCCAGCCAUACGUACAGUUUUGCCCCAUGCAGUAAGGACCUUGUGAGUAAAAAAAAAAAAGAAUCAGAAUAAAGUCAACAUUUCCAAAACAUUUUUUCAUUUGUUUGUAUAAAAUGUGCACAUCUCUGCUUUGUUUGUAUUUCUUCACACUUGUUUUUUUUUUUUUCCUGGGGUGAUCCAUGGUAAAAUUGUCUUCAUAGCGAUUGGAGAUCCUCUAACUUGUCAUCUGGUGUCACAAUGAGGUUAACAUUUCUAUUUGCCCAUGACUUGUUUACGACCAAAUACAACCACAACUAAUGAUUCCCA